AUGAUUCGUAUCGGGAUCCUUCUGUAUCAUAACGUAUCGUACGAUACAUAUCGCGUAUCGUACAAUACUAACAACACUGAUCAUAAUAGCAUUCUUGGAAAGGAUAUAGGAUAAUUGACAAUAUGAAGGUAUUAAUUUGGCUACAGUGAAAAGAAAGGCGCCUAUUUCCCAUACAAUAUGGGUCUAUCGGUACAAGUCAGUUGAAUUCCCUGCACAGCAGUACCAUGCUUGACAAACCUCUUCUAGGCAACUGUAUUGGAGUUACUUUCAUUGAAUCUGGGGUUAAUGGGAGAUUUGAAGUUAUCAAAAUGGUUGAUGAAGCAAUCUUACAUAAGUGACACCCUGUUGAUCUAAAUGGUAUGGGUUGACACCUCUGGUGACCACAUCAUUUUCAUUUAUUGGCCCCUUUAGAAUAUAAACUCUUUUAUGAGCAACCACCAUGUAAAUUAAAUUUGAAUGCUCAAUUGUUGUGCGAUAAACAAAAAAGCCCACAUAUGUGUAAUGAUGUGUUUUGUGUGUAUAUAUGCGCUCUUUGGGAAUUACUCUGGGUGAACUGCCAUUUUCAGGCCUAAUAUGUGGUCAGGGGCUUAGCCUUGGUGACCUGAUUGGAGUUCUGCAUGACCCUUUCUCCCGUCUGGCAGAGCAAUGGCUACUAUAUUGUGAUCUUGGGGAAGAUACACAAUUGGUAGGGGCUUUAUUUGGACUUCUAAUAUCACAUCUCUUGUUUCCUGGCAUGUCCAAGUUGCGUUUCAAGCCUGCUUACAGUCCAUAUACUGAACCCAGCAUGGAAAUCUUCAGCUAUCAUGAAGGCUUCAAGAAAUGGGUGGAAGUUGGAAAUUCUGGCAUGUUCAGACCUGAAAUGCUACAGCCUAUGGGACUUCCAGAUGAUGUCCGGGUUAUUGCAUGGGGCCUUUCACUCGAAAGCGACCUCUUUGGACACAAGGUGGACCUUGGUCUCAUUAAGAGGAACCCCAUAUGCCGCCUUGGUCUUGGGUAG